AAGCGGGGAGCUCAAACAUGUUGGAACCCGCCUUUCAAAAUAAGUGUCGUUAGACGCAUGACAGGAAGAACGUUUUUACAUGAUUCCGCAGCUGAGAGAAUCUAACAUUUAUAUACUCGGAUUAGAAUAUUCACGAAUCAUUCGAGCAUGAGCUAAAGUCAAAGAAGUACAAAAUGUUAACUUGAUGGUUACGAUGGCAAAACACGACUUCCGGAUACAAAUGUCAUGCUGUCAAAACAAUAAUAACAUGCAUUUUCUUAGAAUUUAUGCCGAGUGAACGAAGGGAAGGAAGAAAUUAACCCUUUUUCUUCAUUGGUAAAAAUAACUGCAGACAGAAUGGCAGACGAACUCUUUUCUAAACGACUACCGGUUGUCGUCAAAUCAGCUGACCGAGAAGAAAGGAAAGUUUCACUCCACUUGCGAAUGGAACUGCAAGCAAUAACAUCUCCGUUACAUAGAAAGGAACUGGUUGUGAGACUCACAGAUGAAAGUGACUUAUUUUUCCUGUACACUCUAAGGCUUGGGGAAGAGGACUUUCAGAGCCUCAAAGUACAGCAAGGACUUCUGGUUGAUUUUGGUGCUUUCCCUCAGAAGUUUAUUGACCUGUUGGAGAUGUGUGUGAAGGAGGAACACAAGGAUGUCCCUAAAUUCAUUCUGCAGUUUGUGAGCCAAGGGUCUCUCUCUGAGAAGGUGACAGGAAUGUUAAACAUUGUAGAAACAAAUCCAUUCAAGCAUCUGACUCAUCUGUCACUCAAGUUCAUCCCAGGGCAGGACGCAGAUGUCAAGAAAUACCUAGCAGACUGCCUCAAACAGCUGAAGGAGACGAAUGGCCUGCUGCAGCAGAGGUUGGAACACACUCAUGGAGAUUUGUCCCAGAGGCUGCAGGCUACACAGGAAUCUCUGGCGUCAAAGUCAUCAGAGUUGGAGAGUCUGAAGACGGAGUGGACGUCCAGGUUGGUAGAGGUUACAUCACGGCACAAAGAAGAAAUGGCAUCUGAGAAGGAGCGCUCACUUCAGAUACAGGGCGGCCUUCAGCAACGGUUUGACCGAGAGAGAAAGGAACUGGAACAGGCCCAUGCCAAGAUAGUCAAACAGUUGGACAGCAGACUGUACGAAGUGGAAGGGGUCAGCAAGGACCUGACAGACAGGAAAUACAAAUCAGAGUCGACAGUCCGAGAACUGAAGUCAAAACUGUCAACGCUGGAGGAGGAACACACACGAGCCAAACAGGAAGUACAGACACUGCGGAAGCAGAACGCCAGCAUGGACUCCGACUACCAUGAGCAGGGCAAGCUGGUGAACCAGCUCCAGACACGGAUUGCUGUCAUGGAACAGGAACUCAAGGAUAAGGAGCAGGUGCUCUCCAAGUCAUCAGAUCUUCUCGGGUCUGAACAGGAGAAAAAGAGGAAGUAUGAGGAAGACUUGGACAGGAAGCACAAGGACAUCAGUAAGCUGGAAGGCAAGGUCAAGGCCAUGUCAGAGGAGCUUAUGAAGGGCAAUGAGAUCAUUAAGAAGUUGCAGGAAGAGGUCAAAAGCAAUCGAGCCAAGGUGAAGUUGAGGACACAGAUUGCAACGGACAGGAGAAUGGGGCAGGACAGGAGCAGGGAAUCGCAGGAUCUUGCUGGCACCAAAGACAGAAGACCACUACAGGAGAAUAGACGACUUUCAGAGAGUGUUGAAACAACCACAAAGAAAUUGGAAGAAAGUCGUCAGCUGUUGAAGACAAAUGAGAAUGUGAUACAGUGGCUGAACAAACAGAUCAAUGAGCAACAGUUGACACAUCACAGAGUCGGGGCUUUCGAGAUGCCCUCUGCAGCAUCAACAAUGGUCAGGCCCGGGGGGACAGCACUGCACAACUACAGCACGUCCAGCUACGGGUCAGCAGCAUCCCACCACAGUGACAGCCAUGUGAUGCAGUCAGGUGUUGGUAUACCACGACAGUACCCACACCGACAGCCCCAGGUUCAGUAUAAUCCAGGGAAUCCUAGACGGAGUGGUCUCCCCAUGCCAGUCGGCCCAGCCCGCCCUGGUCCCCCACCCCCAAUUCCAGAGGAAAUCCGCCCCCAAAGCAACCACAGCUCCCCAGCCUCUAAUGCAGACAAGGAAAAUGACCCACCCAUUGACCCCAAGUUCUUACAGAAGCGGGAGGAUGCCAUCCCAGUCCGGGGUCUGCUGAACAGAAGCAACUCCCCUCCCCUCAUCUCCAACACAGCUCCUCCCCACCCCUCCACCAACUCAGUCCGCAUCAGCCAGCAGAUGAUUGUCCCCCGAACAGUUCAGGCUCCACUGGCUUCAGCGUACUUCCCUGGUCAGAGCAAAGCUUCAUGAUGUCAAAGCUCCGUGUGAAUUUCAUAGUUCUGAACAAUCUUCUCAUGGGAACAUGUUUGGGCGACAUACUCAUAAAGGUGAUUGAGACAGGAAAUUUUCGUGAAGUGCAACAAAUAAGACAAUUUGACGGCUCCACAGUGAGAUGGCCUGUGCAAAGUUUCGGGAUUGUGACAUUCUUCUGAGAAGAUGUUUUGGCCAAACACAGCUGUAUGGUCACAGAAUUUCAGGAACUGCAAUAAUUAUGACAAGCUGGAGGUUCCACAGUGAUUUGGCCUUUGCAAAGCUUCAGGAUGUUCUAUUGCUGUUAACUUUCUUCCAAGAUGUUUUGGCAAGGAAACUGAAUGGUCACUGAAUUUUUUGCAAAGGAAGUGCAACGAAUGAGAUGAUUUGAAGGUUCCAUGAUGACUUGGUCUCUGUAAAGCUUCAUGAUGUUAUGUUACUGUCUUCCAGGAACCUCUUAGUACAAUGUAAUGUUACACAAGUAUUAGUUCAUUAAGUGCAACAAACAAAAGGAUGUGAGGAAUGGAUUCAUGAUGACUGAAUAAAGAUUUCAGAGAUGAAGAAGGGCUGUAAUGAUGAAAUGCUCCAAGGAUCUGUUCUCAUUGAUCAUAUACUUAUCAAUCGCAAGAUAAACUUCCGUUAUUAGAAUUGUUACUUCAUUUGUCUCUGAACUAAUCAGAAUGUUUAGCACUCAUACCAUCUUGUCAUACUUUACAGAUCGAAUGUCUGGAUGCCACUCAAAGAUUGAGUGGUAGACUUUGUAAAAGAUACUUUCUGAAUAUGACAGAUUGUCACAAAUUUGUGAGGUUGAAGAAACUUACAAUCUUCAUUGUGGUCACCUAUAGAACUAUUAUAUGAUACAGCUAGUGUUUUUGUGACGUCCAUUCACUGCCAGAGAACAGCCCUGUGUACGAGGGUUUGACUGAUGUGAUCAUCUCAAUGACUAAUGAUGAGGCGAUGAGAUUCAAGGAGGAUGCAUAAGCUGCCUCAUAAUAGUAGUGUUAUAUCCUUGAUUUUCAAAGCAGUCCGUUAAUGUCAACAUGCAGAGGCUUCAUCUGUAGGACUAUCCUAGAUUCACCUGUGUUCCACAUUGUAGGAUGUUGGUGUGUGUACAGCAUUAUUACCCCUGUGUUCAACAUGUCGCCUACAGAUACGUUGUAAUUUCAAAUGAUAUGUGGGGGCGGUGGGGUAGCCUAGUGGUUAAAGCAUUUCCUCGUCACACCAAAGACUUGGGUUCAACUCCCCAAUGUGUGAAGCCCAUUUCUGGUGUCCUCCCGCUGUGAUAUUGCUGGACUAUUGCUAAAUAAGGAGUAAAUCUAAACUCACUCACUCUAAUAAUAUGUACCAAAGUUCCCCAAAACAAAGAAUUCUAUUACUUCUCGUAUUUUUCUGAAAA